GCACAGGCACAAUCACAUGCUGACAAACCAGAUACAGUCAACACACACGCACCGACCUAUACUAGAAUCACCCAAAGUCAGGUGACAAAGCGGAGGACCCAGGAUGAACCUGAGUGCCAUAGUCAGGAGUCUGCGCAAAGGUUUGGGGCUGGGAUCAAGUGCAUCGAAGCAGCAGCCAGCAAAUGAUGAGCAGAGUCGAAUCUCUGUUUCCACGUCCAGUUAUAUUUCCAGCUCAAAUUUCUCCAGCGAGGACGAAUACGAAAACACUUUAGGGAAAAAUCGGUUGCCCAUUUCAGUUUCCCAGCUCAAUCAAUGCCGUCAUCCCUGCAAACAGAUUAUCGAGCAGAUCCUCUAUCAGGUCAGUGAGCUGGAGCACACGUUCUACGAGGAUCAGCAGCAGGAGUUUAAGCUGCGCAUGACCCUGGAACGACAAUCAGACAGAAUUCAGGAGCUUCACUUCUCCCUGGACACGGAGAAGCAGCGCAAUAGCCGACUUGUGCAGCUGGUCCGUGGCAUGGAAACCUCGGGCGAGAGUGAGCCGGAGGAGAGGAUGCCAAAUGGAUCCCAUGUGAAGUCUAUUGGAGAUCUUUACGAAUCUAUUAGUCCCCUGCUCAUGCAACAACGCUAUGAUGAGCUUUCUGUUUCGCAUCGCCAGAGUCGCCGACAGCUGGCCAGAAAGGAAAAGGCCCAUAGACUCCUCAAGUGCGAGACGGAGCAACUUCAGGCCAAAUACGACCAUCUCUUCGAUGAGUACCGUAACGAGCAGCGCCGCGUCGAGACGCUCUGUUCCAGGUUCCUUCAAAUACACUCAAUAAAAAAGAAGCAGAUUCACAAUCUGAAGCAAACUUUGGGCUAUGCCAGUGACUGCAUCUACCAUGCCCAGGUGGUUAUCGAGGAUUGCUCCCAGCGGCGAGGUUCGAGUAUUGCUUGUGAACCCUUUUAUAACUUUCAAAAGACACUGGAGAGCUUUAUGGAUUCGUUGCGUAACUGUGACUGCUUGCACAAACUUAACGAGCUCCAAAAACAAGAAACAGAUAGAGGAGAAGAGUUUACCUCCAGGACCUAAACUCUGGCAUUGGCCGGUAAUAAGAGAGAAACUUACUAACAUUGAAAUUGUUGUUAACCGUUAUUAACUACUUGGUGUUAGAUUAAUAUCCAGACAAAAAAAAAAUGUUUGAUUAGACUAAUGAAUAAUAUAAAUGUACCAAAAAUAUGUUCACGUAAAAAUAAAAGCCAAUUUAAGGUAGACAAUG